CUUUCUUCUCUCUGGGCCUCUCGCAUGUCUUCCAAUUUCUUCACGCCUGCCCGGCGUCCGUCCGCUCGCGCGUCGCCUCCUCCAUCCUUCUCCUCCGGCGAGAUGUUCCUUCCCAAGCUUCCGAACCCUUCCCGCCCAUGGCGCCCUUGCCUUCUACCAGGCGCGCCUCCCACUCGCCCUCACCCUCGCCUCCGCGUCCCCGCGACGCCCCUCCCAGGACGACGGCAGUUCCUUCCGCCGCCGGCCGCUUCCGCCUCCGGCUCUCCUCCGAACAGGAAUUCCCCACUUCCUCCAGCGAGGACGUCAUCGAAGAAUAAGUCGCCGGAUGAGAUCGGGAGGUGGAAGAAGGUUCCUCCUGGGAUGCGCGAGUCCGCCGUCCAUGAAACUGAAGACCCGUCGCCGCCGUGGACGGCCCUGUGGUCGGUGAGGCGGAGGGCGCGCGCUGCGUGCCGGAAGGUGGCGUCUUGGGUGCCCAGGAAAACCAGGAGCGUCGUACUGAUCAAUCUGGUCACCCUUAUCUUUGCUAGCAACAUUUCAGUUGUGAAAGAGGCAGAGACUCUCUUGGACCCUGACCUUUUCAAUAUGUUAAGGUUCACUAUAGCAGCCAUCCCGUUUGCGCCGUUGUUACUAAAGUCGCUGAGAGAUAUGCAAAUCCUUGUUAGAGGAGUAGAGUUGGGCCUUUGGGUAAGCAUGGCCUACCUGGCUCAGGCUGUUGGGUUACUAACAGCUGAUGCUGGCCGUUCAUCUUUCAUUUCUGCACUCACUGUUAUCAUUGUCCCUUUCUUGGAUGGUCUUUUUGGGGCAGAAGUACCUGCACAUACAUGGUUUGGAGCAUUUUUAUCACUUCUUGGUGUUGCUAUGCUGGAGCUAAGUGGUUCUCCACCAUGUGUUGGUGAUCUUCUAAACCUCCUGAGUGCCUUUUCUUUUGCAAUUCAUAUGCUCAGAACCGAGCAUAUUUCCAGAAAUAUGAAGAAAGAGAAUUUCUCAACUCUUGUUGGAUGUGAGGUGUUUGUUGUAGCUCUCGUAUCAGCAGCCACAUACAUUUUGAAAUGCUUCAUCCGGAAUGUGCAACACUGGCAUUUCAAAUCAUGGCCACCAAUGGAGUUAUUUGGUAUGGCGAUGUCAUUGCCUUGGCCAGCAAUUCUUUACACAGGAGUAUUCUCAACUUCGUUUUGUUUAUGGGCAGAGGUGGCUGCUAUGCGUGAUGUAUCAGCUACAGAAACGGCAAUAAUUUAUGGUCUGGAACCAGUGUGGGGUGCUGCCUUUGCAUGGGCGAUGCUUGGUGAGAGAUGGGGCAUGACAGGAUUUGUUGGAGCUAUUUUGAUCAUAGUCGGUAGCUUGAUGGUUCAGAUAUUGGGAUCAAUCCCGGAUACAUCAAGAGGGAACACUUACCAGAUGAACAGCUGACUACGUACCGUACAGAGAUCGAUGGCCUUUCUUCCUGCAUACCCCCAACAAAUUGCAUUCCGUGAUGAAGCAAUUUUUUUCCUUUCAUACGGUAGCAGUUGGUGCCUCUAGCAAGGAUCUAACACUGGAUAUGACUAGUAGGCGGCUGAAGUGUGGUCAGGGCAGCUCAGGGCCACAAAACUGUAAUUCAAAUUGCUAUCCUGUGACCCAACACAAUCAUGCUGAAUCCUGGUGGCGAUCACUUGACCGGCUUGGAUAGGGAUCGAUUCAAUUCAAUCAGGUUAGGAAACUGAACAAUGAAGAGCUGUUGUUUACCACGAACCAGUUUCCUUGCUGAUUUUGCAUCAAGCUUAUCUUAAGGUGUCAGAAACA